AUGGGGAGCAACAGCCUGCCGAUGUCGCAGCAGAUGUACUUCAGCACGCACAACGCGUUGAGGGUGAACGAUGAGAACGAUGUGAUCAGCACGCUGUUUUAUGAAAUAAACGGGAACAGGCACAUCAGCCUGCUGAUAUUCCCCUUCUACGAUGUGCAAAUGCUGAAGAGGCUGCUUAUAAAAAAGUUAAAUCUACCCGGAGGAGUAAAAGUAAAUGACAUCAUCAUAUUUUACAAGGGGAUCAAAUUGCCAAACUAUAGGAUUAUAAGUACGUAUUUAGAAUGUACAGGACGAAAUGAGAAAAAAAAAAAAAAAAAAAAAAAAAAAAUUAAUAAGUUAUAUUGGGCCAUAAAGGAUAUCAACCCUAAUGCGUCCAUAAGAGUCAUAGAUCAGAAGAGUUACCCUCCUUUCUUUGAAAAUAUUUUACACGAUAUAAAAUUAGCUUUUAAAAAAAACAUUUCUCCAAAGCUAACUAUGGAUGGAACGGGGGGUACCUACCUUCUCUUCAACAGCAAGAAGAAGGUAUGUUCUGUUUUUAAGCCUCUAGAUGAGGAAGCAUUUGCCCCAUUUAACCCUAGAGGGUAUGAAGGGAAGAUGUAUCAGGAAGGAUUUCGGUCUGGAGUCCUUUCUGGGGAAGGAGCCAGCAGAGAGAUUGCUGCCUACAUACUAGAUAACAGUUACAACAAUUUCAGUAGCGUACCCUGUACCAUCAUGGUGGAAGCUUGUAACCCACACUUUAAUAAUAAGAGCAAGCUCAAAUAUGUUGAUCAUGAGAAUAACCUAAAGUGGAAAUGUGGCUCCUUACAGGAGUUUGUUGAUUCUAGGGAAAGUGUAGGAAACUACGACCACAAACAGUUUAGCAUUAGGGACAUUCACAAAAUUGCAAUUUUAGACAUACGGGUUAUGAACUUGGAUCGGAACGAUGGAAACAUUUUAGUGUCUCCUUUGAAGAGUCUAAAGGAUUCGUGUAAUCAGUUUCUUUAUCGGAAUAAUCGUAGCCUGGGUACCAGUGAUGAGGACGUCCUCAAGCGGAUCGUCACGAUUGAUAAGAAGCCAUCCAGGUACAGCCUCAUCCCCAUCGACCACGGACUCAUCAUGCCGCACAUAAUGGACGUCGCGGAGAUUGAUCUGGUUUGGUUCGAGUGGCCCCAGACGAAGGUCCCCUUCGACGACGAGGUGCUGGAGGUCAUCUUCACGUUCGACCCUGACAAGGACGCGGAGAAAAUUCGUAACAAGCUCCUAAUCCGGGAGGACUGCAUACGGACCAUGCGCGUGUGCACGAGGUUGUUGCAAAUCGGAGCCAGGAUGCACCUGAAUUUGCAUGAAAUUGCAAAAAUCAGCACGAGAAAGAGCAUCGACGAAGAGUCCGUGCUGGAGCACCUCGUGCGGGACUCCAUCGUGCAGGCAUAUCAAAUGAUGGACUACACCUCCCUUAUGAGCACCAACCGGCUGGGCUACAUCCUGGACCUGGCGGAAAUAAAAAUUAACAAGAAAAAAAAAAUAAGCAAAAUGAAGUCGAUCGAUAAUAUCGACGACGUAUUGAAAGGAGAAAACGACACAACUGAUGGAAAGAAAAUUGAAGAGGAGGCCUGGCGUUUUAGUCCUCUAUCGAAGGAUAAGUCCAAGUCAUUGGACUACAGUUAUGGGAAGUCCCUACCCGGUGGGAACAGCUUCCAAGAUGUAGAAGGAAUAGAAACUGCAGAGGAUAACCUAAGAGGGAAUAGUCCUAAAGGGAAGGAAAAUAAAGACGGUUCGAUGAAGGAUGAAACAGUGCAGGCUGUUUACGACAGUGUAUCGUGUGCGCCCGGUGGGAUGAUUCCACAGGGCGGGGCAAAAGGAAGCCUAAGUAACGAAUUCGAAUCUAUGAAGAGGAAAGAAAAGAGUGCCUACGAUGGCUUGUACAGGAGGGAGCCUGAUGUGGAUCAGAACGUUGGAAGUGAACAGAAUGAGCAAAAUAAGACAUCGACCAAUUCGUUGAGCAAUAAGAGUGACUAUACUUUGGUGACUGCAAGCUCCAGUUCUUGCAUUGACGAUAAAGGGGGAAGUAAUUCCUGCAGUGGGGACUCCCCCAAGGGGAGUGCAGAUGGUGGGGAGGGAAACACGCCACCCAGCGGUGGAGCGAGUAGGGAGCGUUAUGACAAAUGUGAUGACAAACAGGACAGCCAAGCGGACGAUCGCCCACCACUACACAGCGCGAGCGACCAAGACACGAAGGUAAAGGAAAAAAAGAAGAAGAAGAAAAAAAAAAAAAAAAAGUAUUACGACAAGGAUGAUAACAAACCAGGUGAUGAAGCACUAAAGGGGGGAGAAGAGGAAGGAAAGGGAUUGCUGAGUGACAGGGCGAACGAUGUACCUGAAGAGGAACAGGAUGAGACAAACAAAGGGGAUUUGCUCAAAAGCGGAGUGGAAGACGACACGGACGCAACGGUCUCUUCAGAGGAAGACGACAGCGACGAUGAUGGUGAUGACGUGCCGUUUAAAAAACCCUCAGGAACCAUCAAACGGAUAACUGAGUCCAGCGGGACGGCCUAUCGUAGCAUGGACAUGAACAAGGUGAACUCAGUCUGGAUGAUUCGAGACAAGAACAACAAAAUAAUAAACGUCAAAUGGGAGAACAAAAUUUUCGAGAAACUUUUCUUCGAGACUUUUGAAAAUUAUGUCAAGAGGUAUAUUAACGAUUACCACCCGGGGUGGAAACAAUAUCCUUACAACGGGUCGCAGAUCAGUGAUAUCAAGCAUGGCUACCUGAGGAGCAUAAAGUGA